UUGCUCGUCUCGUCUUGUCCCAUCUCCAUCUCCAUCUCCUCUCUCUCCCCAACAGCGACCCACGACAAUGGUAUUCGCAAACCUAUCAUACCAAGACAAGCAGGCGUUCUUCGCCCUCCUGGACGAGUACUUCGAGUCGCGGCCCCACCUCGUCGGCGGCGGUGCAGGCGGCUCAGCCAACGGCGGCGCGACCAUCUCCUCGGGCGGCGCCAACAUCCACAUCCCGCCCGCGGCAGCCAAGGCGGCGGCCGCGAGCGUCGCCUCUGCCGCCGUCUCGCAGCUCGGCGGAGGCGGCGGGCGCUCGGUGCCGCCCCCCCCCUCCUCGUCGGCAGGCGGCCCGCCGCCAAUCCACUCGUCUAACCGCCCGUCGUCGAGCGCGCCGGCGUCCUCGCCGUCCACCGACUCGGGCAGCGGUGGCAUGACCUCGCGCAUCUCCGCGUUCGGGGGCAAGAGCCUCAACAAGUUCGCGUCCAACUCCCACGUGUCCGGCGCGAUGGGCAAGGUCGGCGCCGGCGGGCUCGCCGACAAGUGGUCCCGCCCCGCCCCGUCGUCCUCCUCUACGACGAGCAGCAGCCCGAGCCUGCCCCCGCCACGGAACAGCGCGGGCCCGCCCCAGCCGCCGCCUAGCCGCCGCGUCGCCGGCACGCCGGUCGAGGGGCUCCAGAGCCAGAAGUCGUUCGGGCACGUCGACAUGAGCUCGGGCACGCAGGCCGCCAAGACAAUGUGGCGCGACCCCAAGAGUGCCGCGGCACAGCCCCCCACAGCUAAUGUACAGCAGUCCCCCGCGUUCCAGCGCAUGGCGUCCGACUUGCCCCCUCCCGUUCGGCGUGCGGGCGCCGGCGGCGCGAGGCAGGAGGACGACGACGCACACGCUGACGCUGGGCAGGGGCCUCAGGCUCAAGCUCUGUACGACUAUGAAGGCGGCGACGACACGGAUCUGCCCGUGUCCGAGAACCAGAUUGUCACGAUCAUCGCAAAGACGUCGGACGAUUGGUGGACGUGUGAAGCGGACGGAAGGCAGGGUCUCGUGCCAGCAAACUACCUCAAGGAGCUAUAGAGUCGCGCAGAACGGACGUUGCGGCCAGACGGGACAGCCGCACACAUAUGCAACGCGUCAAUGACACCUCACGCCUGCGUCGCUGCGUUCGCCUCGCGCUCGGCAGGUCGCACGCAUGCAUCU